GCAUGAAAUUGUUCAGUUUCUACAAUAAAUCGGUUUACAUUCAAUAUCGCAAUCAACUAUGCUCCACGACGACUAUCGUGGUCUGUGCACUUACGGUGGCCGCCAUUAUCGCACCGUACUAUUUGCUGGCUUCCAUCAAACCGGGUGAACUUUGGGAUGAACAGCGCGCAGUGUACGAGCAGCCAAGAGUGAAAUUUCUGUACGAAUAUUUGUUUCUGGCGGAGAUGGAAGAUCCCGAAGAUCGUGGUUCGUCCAUUGUAACGUGCAGUUCGUUCGAGGCGUACAACUCGCUCACGGAACAGUUGCAUCCGUGCAAUGACGUGCAGGUGAUUCCCACCGAUGCGGAUCACGACCGUGCGCUGGAUCAUGUAUCGGUUGGAAUCAGUUUCAACCCUCCAAACAAUGGAGCACGAUUGUCGUUUUACACGAUCUACUUCUUCCUGGAAGCGACUAUAUCGUCACAAUGUUUGUUCGUUGUACCGGCAUUUAUUCUGCUGGAAAAAGUCCCAACACCUAGAGCCAAAUUUGAAUCCGGGACAAUCAAACAUCAUGGAUAUCUUGAAGCCAAACAGACAACACCUCUCCAGUGUCCGUUCUUUAUGCGGCAUCAAAAAUCUCACUUCAGUGAUCGAUACUAUCCUAACGAAAACACAACCCUUGAAGGAUUUCAACCAGGAGCUAUCCUCUCGAAGAUACAGCAUACUAAUCCGGCAUACUAUGAAUAUCAUCUUCGACGUACAGAUUGGACGAUGGAUGAUUCGGAAUCGAUAAGUAUACAGAUAGAUGUCUCCAUCGGAGCUGGAGAUAGCCAAAAACUAGCCUUUCUCUACAAAAACUCUCUUUGGUGGAAGCUUUGCCAGUUCUGGGGCAGCUAUUUCCCUCUCCUAUUCGUCUCACUGUGGUUAACGGAAAAGAUCAAGCAAUACCUCUUUGAAAACUUCUAUCUGCGUGCGGUUGAAGUAAAACCUUGGAAAGAUAAAUACAAUUAA